AGAGCAUGUGGGCAUGACAGAGUGUCUGUCUCCAGCGUGCUCGGGAUUUCGAAACUGCCUUGCAAUCCUCGACCAGGGCUAACAACCACGGAAGACUGACGGGAGACGAUCACCGCUCGUUUAAUGAUCAAACGGGAGCCUGCCUAAGGAAGAAAGGCCAAAAAAAAAAAAAAAGUGGGGGAGGGCUCCUCUCCUGACUGGCUGCUUGGUCACCAUCGCCACGGUGCCAGUGAUGCGGGUCCCUGGGACUGAACCAGCGGGGAAGGGUUUGGUUUCUUUUCUUUCCUCCCCUCCCCUUUUACUCCUGUGCCCUCCCCCCUUCCCCUCCCCCUCUUUUCUCUCGUAUCUGUCAGAGUGACAGCAGCUAGGGAGGAGGGAAGAGGCAGUGAGUGCUGGGGCGGUCGGUGCUGCUGCUCUCUUACUCUCACUUACUCAUUGCUGGAAGGUGCGGGCUGGGGCUUAAGGCGCUGUGGAGCACUGAAGCAGGAGGGAAAGAACAAAGGACGAAAGUGGGGAGGGGAAGCCGGAUUGGGAAGGGGACGAGCCCCCGACCCGACUUCUAGGGAGCAGGGAAGCCCAAAGUGUCAGUUGAAUCCCCUCCAACUCCGAGGCGCCUGGGAUUGUAGCGCCUUGUGUAGCCCUAACGGCCGGAGCAAUCCCCUCGCCACCACCUUCUGCAAGUUACAGAGGAGACUGUUCUGAAGGAGGCAGGAGGAAAAAAAGGAAAAAAGAAAGAAAUCCCAUCCCUGGCUCUCCUUCCCUUCCCUGGGCAUUCAGAAAUAGAAUUAUUUCCGCCUGGUGGAAGUCGAAAUCAAGAAUGAAAACUAAGAAAGGUGUUGUUCCAGUUUCAGGCAGUGAGACUGAGGAUGAUGACAAUAUGGAUAUUCCCCUGGACCUUUCCUCUUCAUCAGGCUCAGGCAAGCGGAGAAGACGGGGUAAUCUACCCAAAGAAUCUGUACAGAUUCUCCGGGACUGGCUCUAUGAGCAUCGGUUCAAUGCUUAUCCUUCAGAGCAAGAAAAAGCUUUACUAUCCCAGCAAACACACCUAUCCACACUACAGGUCUGCAACUGGUUCAUCAAUGCACGCCGCAGACUCCUCCCUGACAUGCUGAGAAAAGAUGGCAAGGAUCCAAAUCACUACACUAUUUCCCGCCGAGGGGCCAAGAUUUCUGAAGCUAACUCUGUGGAGUCAGCCAUGGGCAUCAAAAACUUCAUUCCAGCUUUAGAUGAGAAUUCAUUUCAGGCCUGUACAACUGGACCAAACCAGACCUUAGGAAGACCACUGUCUCCUAAGCCCCCAUCCCCAGGAUCGAUUUUGGCCCGGCCCUCAGUGAUUUGCCAUACCACGGUGACUGCAUUGAAAGAUGCCCCUUUCCAUCUGUGCCCAUCAGUCGGUGUUGGACAGAACAUAGAUAUGCAGCAGAUACCAGCCAACGGUUUCACAGACACCUCUCUCCUCUACUCGGAGGACACGAGUAAAUCUGGACCAAGUGCAAAUACCCAGAGUGGGCUUUUCAACACUCCUCCCCCUACCCCACCAGACCUCAACCAGGACUUUAGUGGAUUUCAGCUCCUAGUGGAUGUUGCCCUCAAAAGGGCAGCCGAGAUGGAGCUUCAGGCAAAACUGAUGGCCUAACCCUUUUUUCAAGCAGCAGAAUUCUCAGAAAAUGUUUGUUAUGGUUCCCUGGGUGAUAUCAAAAGACUAAUGACUGCAUUAUUUUAUAUAUGUUUUUUAUUAAUAUUUGCACAAAGGAUUGCUGAAAUGAAGCUUCCUGUUACUGAGAUGUCUUCAAUGGAAUAUAGUCAUUCCAAGAACUGUAAACUUAAAAGCUACUGUAGAAACAAAGGGUUUUCUUUUUUAAAUGUUUCUUGGUAGAUUAUUCAUAAUGUGAGAUGUUUCCCAAGAUCAUGUGAUUUUUCUCCCCCCCCCCCUCCUUUUUCCCACCAUCUCCCUUUAUUUUUGUUGGUAUUUCUUUCAGACUGUGCAAUACUUAGUAAAGCUAUAGUCUUCUUCUCAUUCCCAUGUGGAACAGGAUGCUGACAUACUGUCUACUAAAGAAAUUUUCAAUUUUUUUAAGCAAGUAUGAACCUAGUUGAUUGAUGUUGCC